AUGAAAUGUCCCCAUUUUAACAGGACACCAAUUGGGUUAUCGGAAGUUGUCGAUCGGGAGCGUCAUUGUGUCAUGUUGUCGAAUAACAAAUUGCACUCGAUGCUUUUCGUCUUUUUAACGAAAGAAGCCAGCUCAUGUGAGGGCAAGAAUGCACGUCGACGCUGCAACUCAAACGCUGCCAAGAUGCUCGGGACACAAUUCAUCGACACUCUCACCAGACUGAAGGUGACAGACUACACCGGAGUGGAAGACUUUGCCGACAAAUUGUCUUUUCUCUACUCUGUAGUGGUGCUGAGUCUUUGCACCAUGAUCAUCGCUGUUAAACAAUACCUUUUGGCCGCCAUCGCAUGCUACGUGCCCACUGUACCAUCGGGAUCGGAUUUUGACAAGUUCUUGGAGAAUUACUGCUGGGUCCACGGAACCAUCCCGAUUCUGGCCAAAGAAAUGAUCCCACAGAAAUCCGAGAAAUGGGCGGAACUGGAUAAGACGCACAGAAUAAAUUAUUACCAAUGGGUGCCGUUCAUGUUGGGUCUGCAGUGCAUACUCUUCUACUUGCCACGCGUCGUCUGGCAGGUGGUUUGCUACAACCGUACUGGGACUGAUCUUGAGCAUCUGGUCGUCUUGUCCAACCGGGCCAGCCAUACUUCUGCGAAAGAGCGCGAGAACUUGAUAUUUCACGUGGCCGGAAGUCUGGAAGCGAUGCUCUUUCAGCACCGCGACUUCCGUAAAGGCAGGAUUGCUGAGGCUCGGCGUCAUUUCGUGCAAAUAUGCGGUCCUCUUUUCGCCAGCAAACGACUCGGUACUUGGCUCGUUUUCAGCUAUUUCAUCAUAAAAAUGAUGUACUUUGCCAAUUCCGUGGGCCAACUGCUUCUGAUGCAACGUUUUCUUGGCUUCAACGACACAAUGGGCAAUUUCGGCUACGAACUGGCCGGCCUCAUGAUCCAAGGCCGCGAUUGGCACGAGACUCGGUUUUUCCCACGCAUCAGCUACUGCUUCAUCGAGAACAUACGCCACAUGGGGGCCAGGAACAGCUACACGGCCCAGUGUGUGCUGCCAGUGAACAUGCUCAACGAGAAG